CUGUAAGGAUUUGGUGAUCUACCUUCCAUACCAUCUGGUCAGAUUCUCUUGAGGAAAUAAGGAAGCACUGAUGUCAUAUUCUGGAAGGAAGCAUGAAAUAACCAACAUUUCCAUUUUGAUCUUUGAUUAUCUACAUCAGACAUUUUGAAAGGAACAUAGUAAGUUUCAGUGUUAUACUUAGAAAUAUUUUGUUAGGUAUUCUGCAAAGCAAAAUAUCUUCUUAUGGUGGAAAGCCCUUAGCUCUUUGAGUUUAUCUGUUCUCAAGGAAAUAGUUUUACUGAUUCACUCAGUUGAAAUUACCAUGCCUGUCAUGUGCCUCCAUCUGCCUACUGUGCCCUCAUAGCAGAAAACUAUUGGAAAAACAAAACAAAAACCUGGCAUUGUCGUCAUUCUCUGGGCUGCCAUGGGUGACUGAGGUUGUCAACAGUCAUCAUCUUGUCUCUGUUAAGCUGGUUUGAGUCAUUUCCCCAAGGAAUAUGAAGCAUCGCUUGAAAUCCUACAAGCACCGUCAUACCUUUGGUCAUGUGACUGGAGAGAGUGGGGUGGAAUUCCUCACCCGUGCUUCUUAGAGCACUGCCUGUGGAUGAUCCAGUCAGCUCCAGGAAGAUGGCUCUGCUGCUCUGGUUUGCUCCCAGAUGUCCAUUUUUCAUGAACUGCUUCAAGUCAGUCUGACUUUUCCCAGGACCGGCAUCGUCGAUCUGCUUAGACUUCUGCUGCUGCCUGGCUUGCCUCCCAUCACCACACAGUGGGGAGCAUGACUUCGGCAACUUCACCGAUCAUUUUAAAAUGGGACCCCAAAAGUUUGGAAAUCCGGACCCUAACAGUGGAGAGGCUUUUGGAACCGCUCGUUACACAGGUGACAACGCUUGUCAACACAAGCAACAAAGGCCCAUCCGGCAAAAAGAAAGGAAGGUCAAAGAAAGCCCAUGUACUGGCUGCAUCUGUAGAGCAAGCCACUCAGAACUUUCUGGAAAAAGGUGAACAGAUUGCUAAGGAGAGUCAAGAUCUCAAAGAAGAACUGGUUGCUGCUGUUGAGGAUGUACGCAAACAAGGUGAGACCAUGCGCAUCGCUUCUUCGGAAUUUGCGGAUGACCCCUGCUCCUCGGUGAAGCGCGGAACCAUGGUACGGGCGGCACGGGCUCUGCUAUCUGCUGUGACCCGCUUGCUCAUCCUGGCAGACAUGGCGGAUGUCAUGAGGCUUUUGUCUCAUCUGAAAAUUGUGGAAGAGGCCUUGGAAGCUGUCAAAAAUGCUACAAAUGAGCAAGACCUUGCAAAUCGCUUUAAAGAAUUUGGAAAAGAGAUGGUGAAACUUAACUAUGUAGCUGCGAGAAGACAACAGGAGCUGAAGGACCCUCACUGUCGAGAUGAGAUGGCAGCCGCUCGAGGAGCUCUGAAGAAGAACGCCACAAUGCUGUACACAGCCUCCCAAGCUUUUCUCCGCCACCCAGACGUUGCUGCCACCAGAGCCAACCGAGAUUACGUGUUCAAACAAGUCCAGGAGGCCAUUGCCGGCAUCUCCAAUGCUGCUCAAGCUACCUCUCCCACCGAUGAAGCCAAAGGCCACACAGGCAUUGGGGAGCUGGCUGCGGCUCUGAACGAGUUUGAUAACAAGAUCAUCCUGGACCCCAUGACAUUCAGCGAGGCCCGGUUCCGCCCAUCCCUGGAGGAGCGCCUGGAGAGCAUCAUUAGCGGCGCAGCGCUCAUGGCUGACUCUUCGUGCACCCGCGAUGACCGGCGCGAGCGGAUCGUGGCCGAGUGCAACGCGGUACGCCAAGCGCUCCAGGACCUGCUUAGCGAGUACAUGAACAACACUGGAAGAAAAGAAAAAGGAGAUCCUCUAAACAUUGCAAUUGAUAAGAUGACCAAGAAAACAAGAGAUCUAAGGAGACAGCUUCGGAAAGCAGUGAUGGAUCACAUAUCAGAUUCUUUCUUGGAAACCAACGUUCCUUUGCUAGUUCUCAUUGAGGCUGCAAAAAGUGGGAAUGAGAAGGAAGUGAAGGAAUAUGCCCAAGUUUUCCGUGAGCACGCCAACAAGCUGGUGGAGGUUGCCAAUUUGGCCUGUUCCAUCUCCAACAAUGAGGAAGGGGUGAAAUUAGUUCGGAUGGCAGCCACUCAGAUUGACAGCCUGUGUCCUCAGGUCAUCAAUGCUGCUCUCACAUUGGCUGCCCGGCCACAGAGCAAAGUUGCUCAAGACAACAUGGACGUUUUCAAGGACCAGUGGGAAAAGCAAGUUCGAGUGCUGACAGAGGCUGUGGAUGACAUCACCUCUGUGGAUGACUUCCUUUCCGUCUCAGAAAACCAUAUCUUGGAGGAUGUGAACAAAUGUGUGAUCGCCCUUCAAGAGGGGGAUGUGGACACUCUGGACCGGACCGCAGGGGCCAUCAGGGGCCGGGCUGCUCGAGUUAUACACAUCAUCAAUGCUGAGAUGGAGAACUAUGAAGCUGGUGUUUAUACUGAGAAGGUGCUGGAAGCUACAAAACUGCUAUCUGAGACAGUGAUGCCACGCUUUGCUGAACAAGUGGAGGUUGCCAUUGAAGCCCUGAGUGCCAACGUCCCUCAGCCAUUUGAGGAGAACGAGUUCAUCGAUGCCUCUCGCCUGGUGUAUGACGGCGUUCGGGACAUCAGAAAGGCUGUGCUGAUGAUCAGGACCCCAGAAGAAUUAGAGGAUGAUUCAGACUUUGAGCAGGAAGAUUACGAUGUGCGUAGCCGGACAAGUGUUCAGACUGAGGAUGACCAGCUCAUUGCAGGACAGAGUGCACGGGCCAUCAUGGCACAACUACCGCAAGAGGAGAAGGCAAAAAUAGCUGAACAGGUGGAGAUAUUCCACCAAGAGAAAAGCAAGCUGGAUGCUGAAGUGGCCAAAUGGGAUGACAGCGGCAAUGAUAUCAUUGUGCUGGCCAAACAGAUGUGUAUGAUCAUGAUGGAGAUGACAGACUUCACAAGAGGCAAAGGCCCGUUGAAAAAUACAUCUGAUGUCAUUAAUGCCGCCAAGAAAAUUGCAGAAGCAGGUUCUCGAAUGGACAAAUUAGCCCGCGCUGUGGCUGAUCAGUGUCCUGAUUCAGCAUGUAAGCAGGAUUUAUUAGCCUACCUUCAACGAAUUGCCUUGUAUUGCCAUCAGCUUAACAUCUGCAGCAAGGUGAAAGCCGAAGUACAGAAUCUGGGAGGAGAGCUCAUUGUGUCAGGGACAGGAAUUCAGAGCACUUUCACUACCUUUUAUGAGGUAGAUUGUGAUGUCAUAGAUGGGGGCAGGGCUAGUCAACUUUCUACCCACCUCCCAACCUGUGCUGAGGGAGCUCCGAUCGGGAGUGGAAGCAGUGAUUCUUCUAUGGUUUAUUCACAGGAUUCGUGCAUCAGACUGGGAGAACAAAGGGGUUCUGAAGAAGAAAGAGGCUAUCAUAUUUUUGCAGCAGAAUUAGACACCAUCUAUCUGAAAAUGGAAUCUGUGCUGGACAGUGCCACGUCACUCAUCCAGGCAGCUAAAAACCUGAUGAAUGCUGUUGUCCUCACGGUGAAAGCAUCGUAUGUGGCCUCAACAAAAUACCAGAAGGUCUAUGGGACAGCAGCUGUCAACUCACCUGUCGUGUCCUGGAAGAUGAAGGCACCAGAGAAGAAGCCCCUUGUGAAGAGAGAAAAGCCUGAAGAAUUCCAGACACGAGUGAGACGAGGUUCUCAGAAGAAACACAUUUCACCUGUACAGGCUUUAAGUGAAUUCAAAGCAAUGGAUUCCUUCUAGGACGAUAGGCUUUAACAAGAAAGCUUUUUCUUUCUUUCUUUUUCUUUUUUUUUUUUUCCUUUUUAAUUCCAUUUUUGUAUGCAUACCUGCUGACUCAUAUGCCUCUGGCAUGGGGAAAAUAAGGAACAGUGUCUGUUUGCAUGUAAGAUGAGAUGUGAUCAAUACCACUGAUUCGUCUCUAGCCUGGGGAGGGGACAGGAAAUUCCUGUCCCGAGGUGGCACAGAGCUGUCCUUUGCAACAUUCUCAUAAAAUUGGGCAGAGUUCACAUUGCAGUGUUUACGGGAGUGGGAGGGAUGGGGAAAAUAAAAUUAUCUCUACAAAAGCAAACUCUAAUGCAUGCAAGAAUCAUUAGGUUGGCAGGUAUAUUAAUAAGUGACAAACUGGAAGUGUAAUGGUAGAACAUAAAGCUUGUAUUGCUUCUGUUUAAGUGCAAAAAUGUACUAGCCAAUACGCUUAAGUGUGUGGCCCACAAAUUGAACAAUUUAACUUUGACAUCAUGUCCAUAAUAUUAUGUGGAGUUUUUACUAAGGAGAAACUAAUUCAUCCAGCCUAAAAUGUUUCUUUUAUCUGUAUUCUGUUCUUUCUCUUCUAGUCGUGCCAUUACUAGUGCUCUUGUUAUCAACUUCCCCCUUUACUGAAAACAAUAAACCUUUGUUUAAAAGAAUUAUAAUCCUUCUGGGGGCACUGGAAGCACAAUGUGGUGAUCAUCUUGCUCUUACUUUAAAAAAAAAACUGAACUAUGACUUUGCUAGAAAUAGGAGGCCCACUGAUGGAAUGUUAGAGGAAUGGAAACUGACAACAUGUGAAGGUUUAGAGGCAAAUACCUAGGUGUAGCUUGGAGUGCUGGUAUCUAAAAUACCACUGUAUCCACUAACUCGAAAUAAACACAUUUAAUCUUGA